AAAAAUAUAAAAAUGGCUUAUGCCGCUGCUAAAAUUAAUUGGAUUAAGCUUCUCUCAUCUUAUGGCUUAAGUUCUUCAGUUAUUUCAUCCCUUUCUACUUUUCAUCAGUGGAGUCUUAAUACCAGAGCAAAAAUAGGAAUUUUAGAAGAACAACUACAAAAUAUUGAUUUUAGUUAUUACCGGUCUAUUUUAAAGAAUAAAUCUCUUGUUAAUCAAAUAGAAAAGGAGCUUAAAGCAUUCCGUCCUGUAAAAUAUCAAGUUGAUCCGCAAAUCAAAGCUAUUCAACAGUUUGAAACAAAGGCGAUUGAAAAUGCUACAAAAAUAUCAGAAAACGCAAAGAAAGAGCUUACUGAGCUUGAAAUGACUUUGUCAAACAUUCAACAAGCACGACCGAUUGAUGAAUUGACAGUAGAAGAUGUAUUAACGGCUUGUCCUGAAAUUGAAAAAAGAGUAGAAGAUAUGGUUAAACAGGAGAAAUGGUCAGUUCCUGGUUACAAAGAGAAAUUUGGUAAUUUAGCAAUUAUGUAAAAAAUCAUUCAAGCAAAAC